AUGUCCAUAUACGGUGCCGUUUUUGAAUAUGAGCGCUACAACCUACACCAAGAUACCCCUCAUUUGAAAGCACCUCCACGUUAUGUGAUUGCGUUCCGCGGCACGAUCUUAGAGUCAGAAACUAUAUUGUCUGAUAUGAAACUUAACUUCCGAAUCUUCUUCAACAUCCUUCCUGGAGGCCGCAGGUUUAUGCACGCCAUUCAAACAAUCCACACGAUGGUGGUCAGACACAGCGAGCCAGUUAUUUGGCUUGCUGGACACUCUUUGGGAGCCGCCCUAGCAUUGCUAGCCGGCAAAACCAUGAUUAGAGAUUUUGGAUUCUUCCUUGAGGCUCACAUAUUCAACCCACUGGUCGUGUCUUUUCCUCUAGAGCAGCUACCGGGGAGCAAAAUGCUUAAAGGUGUGUUUCGAAUCACCAGGAGUGUCAUCAAAACCACCGUAGCCACGGUCUUGAAGGAUGUAAAGAUUCAAGAAGACGAUCCAUCGUGGAUACCGUGCUUAUAUGUGAACCCAGCAGAUCCAAUAUGUUCAGAAUAUAUUGGUUACUUCAAACACAAAAUCUUCAUGUCUAAGAUCGGAGCAAGCCAAAUCGAAAAAACCGGUGCUAGAACCUCGGUUAGGAGUCUACUGGUCGGAAGAAAAGGAACAUCAGAUUCUUCAACGGAACCUCUUCACCUUCUUCCAUCGGCCGAUAUGACUAUAAACAAGAACAAACCGACUGAGUCUAAGACAGCUCAUGGACUUCACCAAUGGUGGGAGCAAGACUCGGUUCUGAGGGCAAAUUGGGAAAGCUGCUGCAUUAGGCCUUAUUCUGAAGGUAAAUCGGGAAAGCUGCUGAAUUAG